GCAUAAAAGUAACUUUCAUAUGUCAAUUUUCUCCCAGCAUUAUCCAUGCCGUCGGACACAACGAAAGGCAAGUUGAAGCACAAGUCGAGCCGCAGAGAGGGAGAAGAGCUCCGUUUCGACGGCAGCCAUGCCCGCGAAAUCGAACAGAAAAGGAAUAAUGGGCAGAUCUCAUGCGCCGAGUGUAGGAGGCUCAAGAUAAAGUGUGACAAGCAGAUUCCCUGCCAGUCAUGUCAGAGACGAGGUUGUGCUGCAUUGUGUCCUAAUGGCAGCUUGGCUACUGGACAGGGGACUCGGUUUGUUCUGGCUGCCACUGAGCAUCUUCAUCGUCAGAUAGCCAAUAGGAGUGGACGUAUCCGCCAAUUAGAAGACGCUCUUGGACUCCUCCAGUCACGACAUUCGGCAGAACCCCAUCCCCUCCUUCGCGAUGACCUUUGUGGUGCGGAUCAAAAAGACGAAAUUAGCUCCAUUGCCCAGCUUGGAGAUAAUGUUGCGGGGCCGUCGAAUCCUCCAGAGAUUCUAGAUGCAUUUGGAACACUUUCCAUCAAUGAUCACGGCAUAUCACGCUUUUUCGGCCCCACGGGCGGGCAUGAAUGCUUGUUGACGUCGGAUAAAGCCGCCUCAGAUGAAUAUGCAGAUGCCUCUAGUCCUGAAUCUGGAAGGGAUUCAAUGAGCCCUGGAUUACCGCAAGAAUUUAGGAUGUUUUCGCAGGCCUUCCCUUUCACCCCCAUGGGCCCAACAACAGCUACUCAGGAUCUGAUAGAAAGUCAUCUACCACCCUUGGAACGGGCCAACUUCCUCACGCAGACUUAUUUCGAGCAAGCUAGCUGGCUAUUCCGCAGCGUGCCUCAAGAACAAGUGAUGGAAGAGUUACUCCCAAUAUAUUACUCAAAUAGCACUGCGACGCCGCCGGAUGAACCCAAAGGAGCUCAUGAACUUGGUCUUCUUUUACUCAUCUUUGCUAUCGGAGCUCUCGUGGACCUUACGCAGGAUGCCUCCAACCCUGAGGCUGAGCACUACCAUCAACUUGCCUGCGCUAGCAUCUGCUUGCAGCCGGUCAUGGAGAAACCCACCUUGGUUACUGUUCAGGCACUUCAUCUGUUGAGUGCUUACAACGCUAUGAGCGGCAACGAACUUGCUGCCAAAGACACCAGCAUGGAGACGACAUGGUCGUUGAAUAUCCUUGCCGCGCAUCUCUCCCAAUCCAUCGGUCUUCAUCGGGAUAGUGCCAAGUGGGGUCUUCCUGCCAAAGUUGUGCACAGGCGGCGCCUUCUCUUUUGGGAUCUCUUUGUUGCUGAUGCCUGGAGUAGCUUACACACUGGUCGCCCGCCGACUUUUUCCUUGGCUUACACGGAUUGUCAUUUCCCUGAGCCUCCAGCUUCCGCCGAAAACGACGGGGAAUCUGGUCGUCACGCAGAAUUCGCAGCAUGGUAUGUCAGGUAUGCGGCCGACUGCGUCGCAGAAGUCGCCACGCGUACAUUGAUGGCUGAAGCGCCGACUUAUGCUGUAAUCAUGGAAAUCGAUCGCAAAGUUCGCGAGUAUCCGUUCCCAGAUGUUGCCGCUUUGGCAUCUGGUACCUCGCCGCCCCCAAUUACUGAGGAACCACUGAGUCUUGCAAAAUCAAUGGGCCGUCUCGUAAUAUCUCACUCUAAGGAAACCUUGCUACUCUACAUUCAUCGCAGUUUCUUCGCGCAGGCUAUCAUUGAGAACCCUGUGAAUCCGUUAAAGAGUGCAUAUGCCCCAUCAUUCCUGGCUGCUUAUCGGGCGUCUCAAACGAUACUGCGAACCAUCCAACAAGCAUUCCAAGAAUGUCCUAAUCUCUGUGCUCGCUUUUGGACUGUCUGGACUUUCGCAUUUUCUGCAGCCAUCGUCUUUGGGACAAUUGUCACUCGAGGGCCACAAUCUCCACUGGCGUCUAAUGCUAUGAAGGAACUGGACGAUGCGUGCCUUCUUUUUUCAAGAGCAGCUACACAUAGCAGACGCGCCGCUAAGGCUCUGCCGAUCAUCUCCAAACUGAGGGAGAAGGCGCAUGUAGCCCUCGCUGCCGCUCAAAAUGAACGGCCACCACAACAGCUCGGUCAGCAAUGGAGCGUAAAGGUGGAGCAAGAUGAUGAUGAACUCGAUAUUUUUGCUGGAAGAACUAGAUUCCUUUCGGUGAAACGACCUACAGGUCUCCCUGCAGACUACCCGGAAGCCUCUUCAAACAGCAACACAUAUCCAGUGGCUGGUUCUACCGAGCAACCAACCGCGCAAAUAUAUCGCCCGGAGCCUGCAGCUGAGUGGGUUCAUUCGGCCUCGGACCGUGGUGGUCGUUUCGAUAUGCAUCAUUCAAGUUCCACCGCACCCAGUGCAAGCACUAACAUUUCCAGCCAGUCAUGGCGACAGCCCCAGAGUUCUGAUUAUCCAUAUACUCCCCUGCAUCAUGUAUCUCAUUCAACUGUGCAGCUUGCGCAUCACGCUCCGCUGCCUGCUGUAGGCUCAUCCACCUACUGGGCCCCAGCGAGCGAAACUUCGCAGCAAUAUAGUCAGCCUUUGCUCACAGCUCCUCACUUCCAGUCGCACGCUUAUCAGUACAGCUCGCCCUCUGUGGCCCCAUACCAUGGCCAUCAGAGCCAGCCGGUGCCUACAGAGAUCGCCGGACUUGGCCUGGUAUCACAGGAUUCAAGGCUUGAUGAACGUUGGACCUCCUUCAUGCGGGAUUCUGGUUAUUUCGAUGGUGUUGGGUACAGAACACAGUGAAGCAUGUGCGUGGAUGAAUUCUUUUUCUAUUCAUUUAUUGUUCCCCAGCCUCUGUAUUGACUUCGUUGUUAAUUUGAGUAUCGUCGCUUUCCCAUCUUUCUAGCCAAGCUCGGCCUGCUUGGCGACAACUAUUUUUUAACACACAAAGCAUCAUCAGUAUAUAGCAGUAGCCUUCGAAACACUUACCUGUACCUAUACGUCUCUCAUUUUCCUACCUUAAUGACUUAGGGUGUAUUUAUAUGACAUUUUACUAUUUUGCAGUCCCGAUUACUAGUAUUCGAAAUGAAUGAUAACUGCAUACGAGUAUUCA